UUUCGUUUGUUGUCGAUAAUUUUUUGUGAAUCAAAUGAUACAAUCCAUUUGAAUGAUUACGAAUUUGCGAGAAAAGAAAAUUAUUUAAAUUGUUUUUUUCUUCGUUAGAUAUGUUAUAAAUCGUCAAUCAACCAAUCGAAAAGAAAAUAAUGGAAUCAAUGUUGAAUCGUUUACGUGAUACAGUAUCGGCAACCGUUUAUCAAGUUACCAAUAAUCUAUCCACUGCAUUGCCGGGUAAUCCAUUGACAAGAGAAUAUGAACUAUUACGACAGAUUGGUUCAGCUGGUCCGGGUUUAUGUUUUAAAAUUUAUGAAGCAAUGAAAAAAAGUACCAAAGAACAGGUAUCAUUGUUCAUAUUGGAAAAGAAAACCGAUCGAUUCGAACGGAAAGAGAAAGAACAAUUAUUCGAAACGAUCAGACAUGGUGUACCACAACUUACACGUCUACGUCAUCCAUCGAUGCUUACCGUACAACAUAAUCUGGAAGAAAGUCGUGAUCUAAUUGCAUUCGCUACCGAACCUGUAUUGGGUAGUUUAGCAAAUUUUUUCGACCAAUCCUUUGUCCGUGAUCAGUCGAAAGAUGGAAAAUUUGAAUUUUAUGAUAUUGAAAUUAAAUAUGGCCUAUUACAGAUAGCUGAAGGACUUCAAUUUCUUCAUAAAGAUGCUCGUAUUCUUCAUCGAAAUAUUUGUCCAGAGAAUAUUGUCGUCAAUCGUAAUGGUAUAUGGAAAAUUGCUGGAUUCGAUUUCAGUGUUCAAACAACGAAUCCAAAUGAACAGCCAUAUAAAUUCCCGGUGCUCAAAGUUAUUGCAGAUUUAUCAUUAGAAAUUCAGGCAAAUUUUACCUAUUCAGCGCCAGAACAUUUUACAUCAUCCGAUUCGAUUAUCGAUACAAGUUCGGACAUAUUCUCACUGGGUAUGGUUGCAUUCACAUUAUAUAAUAAAGGGAAACCAUUAUUACCAUUUAAUGGAUCAUAUCAAUAUCGUCCGGAAAAAUUUGUCACCGAUUUAAGGGAUAAAUUAUCCACGACCACAUCAUUAUCCUGCAUACCGGAAGAUUUUCGUAAACAUUUUCGGCUAUUAUUAAGCAUCGAUCCACAAUUAAGGCCUGAUGCACAACAAUUAUCGAAAUUACAAAUAUUUCAAGAUGUUCUCGUACGAACAUUGCAAUAUUUUGAUUGUCUAUUUCAAUGGGAUAGUGCACAGAAAACACAAUUCUAUCGAAAUCUUCCUGAAGUUUUACAACGAAUACCGAAACGUAUAAAAUUACGUCGAAUUGUCAAUGGUUUGGCAAAAGAAUUUGUCAAUCCAGAAAUGGUACCAUUCGUAUUGCCACCAAUGUUUUUAAUAGCUAAAGAAACUGAUGAUGAAGAAUUUCAUAUGUGGAUCUUACCGGAAUUGAUACCGGUUUUUCGUUAUAAAGAACCAAUCCAAAUUGGUCUAUUUUUAUUGAAAAAUAUGGAUUUUCUUGUGGCUAAAUUCAAAACCAAACCCGAUGCACUAAAAGAACAUAUUAUACCAUUGAUAUAUCGAUUUCUUGAAUCGGAUGCCUAUCAAAUACAGGAAUUAUGUUUAAGUGUCGUACCAAGUAUCAUACAUUUGAUUGAUUUUUCUGGAUCGAAGAAUAUGCUUCUACCUCGAAUCAAACGAUUAGCAUUGGAAACAAAAUUAUUAUCUGUACGAGUAAAUUGUCUCAUUUGUUUGGGAAAAAUAUUGGAACAUCUAGAUAAAUGGCUUGUAUUGGAUGAAGUGCUACCAUUGGUUAUGAUGAUGCCAUCACGUGAACCGGCUGUCAUUAUGUGUUCAGUUGGAAUAUUCACAUUAACAAUGAAUAGUAAUAAGCUUGGUAUACCUAAAGAAAUGUUGGCCACGAAAGUUAUUCCAUUUCUGGUUCCAUUAUCCAUUGAAAAUGGAUUAUCAUUACUGCAGUAUACAACGAUAAUGAAUUUAAUUAGAGAAAUUCUGAAUAAAAUUGAAGAAGAACAUCAAGCAAAAAUACGACAAUUGGACUCGAUUAAAGUGCAACAAGAUUCAUUUUUUACCGAUCAACAGCAACAACAAGUGAAUGGAACAGGUGAUCAAAAAUCAUUUGAUCCAUUCAAAUUGAAUGAUACACCAGCUAAUAAUAAUGGUGAUAAAACAACUGUCAAUAGUCAUGGACCGCUUUCAUUGGAUGAGAAAGAACGUUUAGCAUUUGAAAAAGAACAAUCGGAACGUUUAAAAAUGAAUGAACAACAUACAAUGUUAUGGAUGGGGGGCAAUGUAUCGGCACAGAAUUCUGAACCAUUAAAAUCUAGUCAAAAUUCAAAACCACUACCUACAAAAGAUUUGACCGAUUUGCUUAUCAAUUCGAAUCUUAAUCUUAUGUCAAAACCUUCGACACAAUCAUUUCCAACUAAUGGACAAUUGAGUAAUGUAUUUUCAUCAUUUCCAGCUCAUCAAUUUAAUCAACAGCCACCGUCACAACAGCAACAACAUCAACAACAACAAAAACCCAAUUAUUCGGCAUUGGAUAAUAUUUCCAUACCGAAUAUUGGCUCAAAAUCUACGCCGCAAACAUUAAAUUCAAUGAAACAAUCGACCAUUAAUCAUCAUCAUCAUACACAAUCAUUAAGUCCGAUACGAACGAUGAAAACAAUGAAUACCGUUCAAAGCAACAUUCAAUCAUCAAAAUCGACAAAACAAUUAUCCAAAAGUGAAUUGGAAGAAUUUCUCAAUUAAUCCUUUUUUUAAUUUCUUUCUUUCUAAUCUCUGAAUUUAUUAAUGGCCUCGAAAACAUUUCAAGUAUUUGAUCUCGGCAUGUUGAUAUGGAUUUUAUAAUUAUUAUUAUAAAUUUUCUUUGUUUCAUCUUUGCAUCGUCAUUUUUGUUUUUA